AUGUUUGGUCAUUCUUAUGGUCUGGGCAAUGCUUUUGUUUUUGUCAAGCAAACAUCAAAUCAGACGCAAACAGAUUCAUUAUCUCCAUCACCUAAUCCUGUGUCACCUGUGCCUUUGAAUAACCCAACGAGUGCCCCAAGAUAUGGAACAGUGAUCCCUAAUCGCAUCUUUGUAGGAGGAAUUGACUUUAAGACAAGUGAAAAUGAUUUAAGAAAAUUUUUUUCUCAGUAUGGGUCUGUAAAAGAAGUGAAGAUUGUAAAUGACAGAGCUGGAGUGUCCAAAGGGUAUGGCUUCGUCACUUUUGAAACACAAGAAGAUGCACAAAAAAUUUUACAAGAGGCUGAAAAACUUAAUUACAAGGAUAAGAAACUGAACAUUGGUCCAGCAAUAAGAAAACAACAAGUAGGGAUCCCUCGUUCCAGUAUAAUGCCAGCAGCUGGAACAAUGUAUCUAACAACUUCUACUGGAUAUCCUUACACUUAUCACAAUGGUGUUGCUUAUUUUCAUACUCCAGAGGUAACUUCUGUCCCACCACCUUGGCCUUCACGUUCUAUAUCUAGUUCUCCUGUGAUGGUAGCUCAGCCCGUUUAUCAGCAACCUGCAUAUCACUACCAGACGUCUGCACAGUGUCUACCAGGUCAGUGGCAGUGGGGUGUUCCUCAGUCUCCUGCCUCUUCUGCUCCAUUCUUAUACCUGCAACCUUCUGAGGUUAUUUAUCAACCAGUGGAAAUUGCACAAGAUGGUGGAUAUGUUCCUCCUCCACUAUCUCUGAUGGAAGCUUCAGUUCCAGAGUCUUAUUCUGAUCAUGGAGUUCAAACAACAUACCACCAGGUUUAUGCUGCAAGUGCCAUUGCAAUGCCUGCACCUGUGAUGCAGCCUGAACCAAUUAAAUGUGGAGCAUUCAUUAUUAAGACAAUCGGGCAGCUCUAGUCCAGCUCAACUGAUUUCUUGUUGAAUGAUCCUCGUGUGGCCGAUAUCCAGCUUCAACGAACCAGCUAG